UAAGAUACGGCAAAUGAAUCAUUCGGCUAGUAUUGAGUCAAUGGAUGUGGCACUCUUCCUAUGAAAGAGGGGUUUGGAUAACAGUACACGGCGGGAUGAAAUCAACUGGGGAAUCAACAGGCGUAGACGGAGCAGCAUCGGUUCUCACAGAUGGCAAAAGACUGAUACUGGACUGGAGAGCACUUCUUUCUCAAACUCAACGGUGGCUCUUUCUGCCGUACCUCCUUCACUUCUCGGUGCAGUGAAAACUCACACCAUCCAACUGACGAUGCAGCGUGCUCACGAUCCGAACAACCAACUGAUCCAACUCAACUUCUUUACUUCCAUUCCCAAUAAUCAUGGCAGUUCCUGACCCUUUGGACGGGGACUCAACCACCAUUCCAUCGUCUCAAUAUGGCUUACUGGUCCAAGCAAAUCGUGAAUACCUAUCUCUUCGUCAUGCUCUCGUUUCAGGUGGUGUCGAUUCCGACACGCUCGAUGUCCUCAUCAGCAACAACCUGUCACUCUUUCCUCUUUCCCCGAGCGAUGAUCACUGCAGUCAGCUGAAGAAGACAAAGCCUGGAUACUCUCCUACCCGGCGUUCUCAGUCUCGAGAAAACGAUUUUACAAGGAGGAGCCGGAAUUUGCAAAUAAGACCGAUCAUUCACAGUCAGCCUGCAUAUCCACCUACACCCCCAAGCGAACCUUCUCUUGAAGAGGAAGCUGAAGAUGGACCAUUGGAAGAUCCUCAGGACGAAGAACCACCUCAGUCAGAUGACCGCCCAUACCGUUCACUCAUAUUGACGGCGCUUCCCUCAACAACGACCCUGCUUGAUAUCACAAGAGUCAUCCGUGGAGGAGCCAUAAUGCGACUGUAUCUGCGCGAGAGGGACGGAUAUGCACACAUUUCCUUCGUGGAGCCUGCUGCUGCGGAAAGGUUCCUUCUCUUUGCUGAGCGAAAUGGUGUCUACAUCAGAGGAAAGAAGAUUGACGUGGCAUGGGACGAACGCCAAUCCUACCUUACAAGCAGCUUAGCAAAUCGUAUUACCGCCUUUGGCGCCAGCCGCAACCUGGUAAUACGCUACGUGAGACGAUAUGUUACAGCAGAGUCCAUUCGGGACGAUCUGGAGCAUAUUCAUAACCUCGAAGUCGUCAAAGUUCACUUCUCAGACGGCCAUGCCUUCAUCUCACUCAACAACAUUGCCCUGGCCAUGACUGCGAGAAACUGCAUGCAUUCGCGACAGAAGUACAAGGGUAUGAGGAUCGACUUUCAUCCGGACGAGUGUGCUCAACCUUUACGUGUGGAGAAAUUCCCAAAACAUGUCUUGGUCAAGGAAGAUGGAAUACCGCUGAGCAACCGCUUCGAUGCGCUGCUCAAUGACUCAGACGAAUGAAUGUAUGUCAGCCUAGAAUGAACAACAAGCAUGGUAUGUGUGGGGAGGCGUGUAGGAGUGUCAUCAUUAGCUAUCAGGUAGCGACAACACGAGAUAUCGAGUUUCGAGCUUGUCUCUAGUAGGGACAUCAUCUAGCGU